AUCUGACCAACAGACCAGAUGGGCCGUCGUGGUGCUCGCUCGUGUCGGCAUCGUUCGGGAACACACCCGAUCCGCUGACGCAAGUUCAAGAUGGAGGACACCAUGGCGCAAGAGAGUUAGCCGAUUAUCCCGAAUGUUUCUUCUGAAUACUCUUAAAUUUAAGAAUCGGAAGUGUCUUUGCUAGUGUAGUGCCUGUUGCAAUCUGUGGAUCCCACUGAGGAACGAGAAACAUGAGUGUUGACGCGUACGGGCCGAGCUCUCAGACGCUCACAUUCCUAGACACGGAGGAAGGAGAGCUUUUAGGCGCUGACACGCAGGGCUCAGAGUUCGACUUCAAUGACUUCACCAUUCCGUCGCAAAGCCAGACGCAGGCGUCGCAAAUAGACGUCGGACAGAGCCAGGCGACCCAGAGCCAGGUCAAUGGUGAAAGUAAACCAAAUGGCUUGGAAAUCAAUGUUGCCAUCACAACUCAGAAAUUAGGGGAGCUUCAAUUUGAAGAGGAGGAAGAUGACUCUUACUACAACAAGGAACUCCCUGCUUAUGCUUGUAAAUAUUGCGGCAUUCAUGAUCCGAGCUGUGUGGUAUUGUGCAAUGUUUGUAAAAAAUGGUUCUGCAAUGGUAGAGGGAAUACCUCUGGGUCACACAUAAUCAACCAUCUUGUAAGGGCUAAACACAAGGAAGUGACAUUGCACAAAGAUGGUCCCCUUGGAGAAACAGUUCUUGAGUGUUACUCUUGUGGAGUUCGUAAUGUGUUUGUGCUGGGCUUCAUUCCUGCCAAGGCUGACUCAGUGGUAGUACUACUGUGCCGUCAGCCUUGUGCUGCUCAAAAUUCUCUUAAGGAUAUGAAUUGGGAUCAAGAACAAUGGAAGCCUCUAAUAUCAGACCGGUGCUUUCUGUCUUGGCUUGUGAAGAUUCCAUCUGAGCAAGAACAACUAAGAGCUCGCCAGGUUUCAGCACCUCAAAUAACAAAACUGGAGGACUUGUGGAGAGACAAUGUAGAAGCAACAUUUCAAGAUCUUGAAAAGCCAGGUGUGGAUGAGGAGCCCCAGCAAGUUCUCCUCAGAUAUGAGGAUGGCUACCAAUAUCAAAAUAUAUUUGGUCCUCUGGUGAGGCUGGAGGCUGAUUAUGACAAGAGACUGAAGGAGAGUCAAACUCAAGAGAACAUGGAAGUGCGCUGGGAUGUAGGCCUCAACAAAAAGAUAAUAGCUUAUUUCAACAUGGCUAAAACUGACACAGACAUGAAACUAAUGCAUGGAGAUGAACUGCGCCUCCGAUACCUAGGAGAUAUGCAUAAACCAUGGUCUGGUGUUGGGCAUGUCAUCAAAAUCCCAGACAAUUUUGGCGAGGAAGUUGGCAUUGAACUGAAAUCCAGCAGCAAUGCUCCAACAGAAUGCACUUCUAACUUUGUUGUUGACUUUAUCUGGAAGUCAACUUCUUUUGAUCGAAUGCAGUUGUCUCUGCGGAAAUUUGCUGUUGAUGAUACCUCUGUGUCUGGAUAUAUUUAUCACAGGCUCUUGGGACAUGAAGUUGAAGAAGUCUUGUUCAGGUGCCAUCUGCCAAAGCACUUCUCUGCUCCAAAUUUACCUGAUUUGAACCGUUCUCAGGUUUAUGCUGUUAAACAUGCUCUCCAAAGGCCCCUCUCCUUAAUUCAAGGUCCACCAGGCACAGGAAAAACUGUGACAUCAGCAACAAUUGUUUACCAGUUGGUAAAGCAGAGUGGGGGACCUGUGCUGGUGUGUGCUCCUUCCAACAUAGCUGUUGAUCAACUUACUGAAAAAAUUCACAAGACUGGGCUGAAAGUUGUGAGGUUGUGUGCUAAAUCACGCGAGGCCAUUGACUCCCCUGUGUCCUUCUUGGCUCUGCAUAAUCAAAUCAGGAAUAUGGAUGCUGCAACUGAACUUCAGAAACUUCAGCAGCUCAAAGAUGAAACUGGAGAAUUAUCCUCAGUUGAUGAGAAACGUUACCGAAUGCUGAAGAAAUCUGCCGAAAAAGAGCUGCUUGAUGCUGCUGAUGUUAUCUGCUGUACCUGUGUCGGUGCUGGAGAUCCUCGUCUAGCUCGAAUCAAGUUUCAUUCGAUUCUAAUUGAUGAAAGUAUGCAAGCAACUGAGCCAGAGUGUAUGGUUCCUGUCAUCCUUGGUGCCAAGCAGUUAAUACUUGUUGGUGAUCAUUGCCAGUUGGGUCCGGUUGUUAUGUGUAAGAAAGCAGCCCGUGCUGGCUUAUCCCAGUCUUUGUUUGAGCGUUUGGUAGUCCUGGGAAUUCGUCCAUUCCGCUUGGAAGUGCAAUACAGAAUGCACCCUGAGCUGUCGAGGUUUCCUUCCAACUUCUUCUAUGAAGGUUCUCUUCAAAAUGGAGUAUGUGCUGACGAGAGAAAGCUUAAUAAAAUGGACUUCCCUUGGCCUGUCCCUGAAAAGCCGAUGCUGUUUUAUGUGACACAAGGUCAAGAAGAAAUUGCUGGUUCAGGAACAUCAUAUUUGAAUCGAACUGAAGCCUCAAAUGUUGAGAAAAUUACAACCCGUUUCUUGCGAUGUGGAGUAAAGCCAGAACAAAUUGGUGUCAUCACCCCCUAUGAGGGUCAAAGAGCCUAUUUGGUUCAAUAUAUGCAGUAUCAGGGAGCAUUGCAUUCUAAACUUUAUCAAGAAAUAGAAGUUGCAAGUGUUGAUGCCUUCCAAGGGCGUGAAAAAGAUCUUAUCAUUAUGUCCUGUGUUCGAUCUAAUGAGCACCAAGGCAUUGGUUUCUUAAAUGAUCCUAGGCGUCUAAAUGUUGCCCUAACUAGAGCAAAGUAUGGUAUUAUAAUAGUUGGUAACCCUAAGGUUCUAUCAAAGCAACCUUUGUGGAAUAAUUUGCUGAAUUUCUAUAAGGAACAAAAAGUGUUGGUUGAAGGACCUCUAAACAACUUGAAGGAGUCCAUGAUUCAAUUCUCAAAGCCCAAGAAAUUGGUAAACGCAAGCAAUCCUGGAACCCACUUUAUGUCAACAACUGUGUAUGAUGCUAGAGAGGCCAUGGUGCCAGGAUCAAUUUACGAUCGCAGUGGUCAAAUGAAUGGGAAUCCAUACUUUGGCAGGAACGCUGGCGGAGCGGGUGGAGGAGGUAUGAGCAGUAUGGAUAUGUUUGCAAGAGCCCAUGAUCCAAUUGGAUAUAUUUCUCCUGAGAGGGCACAAGCUGCCCUUUCCAACAUGCCUGUUCCGGUUGGUAUGUUCAUGAACAUGGCUCAUGUUCCACCGAGAUUCUACAAUCAACACCAACAGGCAAUGCAAGCUCGUCAGAACCAGAGAGGACGUGGUCCUUUACCCAAUGGCCGAGCCCCUCCUAAAACGAAGGGUCGCCUUGGUAAGGCUGGCUUAAGUCAGGGAGCUGCUAGCCAAGACAAUACCCAACCGUACAGCCAGGGCAUCCCUCUAACCCAAGGAAUGUCUCAGGGUAUGUCACAGCCAGGAUUUAGCCUUUCCCAGCCAGGCUUGUCUCAAGCCGAAUUGUCACAAGACAGUUAUAUGGUAGGAGAGUUCCAAUCGCAAAUGGAUGGUAUGCUGUCUCAAGAUUCCACCUACCAGGGAGACCGUUCUGCUUUCUAUGCUGGACCAACGCCAGGAAAUCAAUUUUCACAGCCAUACUGAGCUUAAAUGGGACUUAAACUCAGCUAAUACACUGGAAAGUGAAUGCUUUAUUUGUGAUCCCGAAUCGAUGUGGAGAACCCAGCUGCUGUGAACAGUGAGGGUAGAACGCAACACUGAAGAGGCUGAAAAGGAUUGAAGGGGAUUGCUGGAAGAGCAGUACAGUGCAGCGCACUGGUACAGUUUCACUGUACUCUUGAGUGGCACGUCCAUUUGACCUGGACUUGGUAGGGCUGUGUCCCUUGUGCACUCUCGUUUUAAAGGGAAAUUAUUGUAUUUCCUUUGACCAAACAUGUCGGGUGAACUAAAGCAGGUUUCUUUGGUGGAGAUCCAAAGCCAUAGACACCUGCUGGUCCAUCUUCAAGUUAAGUUUGGGCCAAUCACUCCCUUUCUUUAUACAAUUUCAAUUGUGAAAAUAAAUCUCUAUUGAACUGGAAAUAUCAGCCCGGCUUCAUUGUUAGUUUUUUUUUGUUUUUAUUUUUAACUUGUAGAUUUUUCUCAUAGGCAUAAAUAUCUUUACAGGGCUCAGACAGGUUUUAUUGAUUGAUUAUGUUUGAUCUGUCUGUCUGACUGUAUUGCCAUCAAUUUAUUCAUUGGUUUCUUCCUAAACUUUUGGUUUAAACUGGCCGUUAUUGAUCUUCAUUGCACAGUGAUUUCUCAACCAAUAUAAAUUUUAGGUGCCAGUUUUAUUUUUCUUAUUCUGUCAAAUUAAAAUCAAUAAUGGUUCUGGUUUCUCUUAAAUCAAUUAUGAUCAAUGAUUUUUGAUGCAUGUUGCUUAAAAUUUGUUCAUGCACAGUAUAUGCCACCAUUUCUUGACCUUUACUUGAAGAUUGCAAUAAAACCCCCAAUUGUACUUCAACUCAACUGAUUUUUGUGUCUCAAAUUUUUGCUAGUAAAAUGGUUUUAUUUCUUAGCAUUCUGUAGCUGAAAAGUACUAGUUCUGAAGAAUGCCUGAAAAGAAUAAUUCUAUGUUAGUCUCAAUGUUUGGGAGCAUGUCACAAAGUACUAGACAUACUCUCUUACCAGUGUCUUUUGAUUGAAUUAACCUAGGACUUUUGAAUUAAUGAAAUCUUUGAAGGUUAUUUUCAAUGGAACCUAGGUAGUUUCAAACCUGUUUCUCUACUUUAAAACAAUUUUCAUUUGGUUUUGUAUUAUUGAGGAGGGGGUCUUGCUGUAUGGAGGCAUCUGUGAUAAUGUCUGGAUGUGGUUGUAAGAGUGUACAUUCUAAAUAAUUUUAAUCUUUUCAUACAGCCGUGAGUGCACAUUAAAAAUAUGAAAGGAGAAGACCAAUCAAUAUUCAUUAAAAGAAAUGAUUGUGUUUUGCAAGCUUGGUUUAACAAGAUUCAAUGCAUAGAUGGCUUCUUGCCUCCAUCCUUCAUUGUUUUUUCUUCUAAGAUUCAUGAAAUGUUCCACUGGUCUGUCUUGUUGAUUGUGGCAUGACUAUUAUUAUCAAUUUUCCAACUUAAAGUCUCAAAUGAAGAUAAAUGCACUCAAUAAAACAUCUUUCGCGGAGUCGUGUGGAAAUGGAAUUCUGGGAUCGUAAUUUUUUUGACCAGGUAGACAACGCUUCCUAUAAUUGACGAAGUGUAUGAUAAUUGGGAAGUUACUUUAAAAUAAUUGCGAGUCAGGGAAGUCAUGAUGCCAAAUUAUGGCUGUCAUCUGAAUGUUAUCUUCAUUUCCAUUCAGGUGUAGUUCUGUUGAACUCAAGCAUUUAGAUCAAUUCCAAAGUGAACUCUUGGACUUAACAUUAUUUAAACCACAAAAUUUUAACUUCUGUUAUACAGAGAACAACCAAGAAACAUUAGGACCCUAGUGUGCUAAUAGAUGGCCAUACUAUUUUUUGUCCAUUCUUUGCGUCUUUUGAAAUAAAAUUUAAAAUGUUCACCAAGUGUACCAAUACCAAUAAAAUUAUGCAGAAAAUCUGUACCAAGAAAA